CACAGGUCUGGUUAUUCUCACUUCUAGAUCCUGCAAAAGUCGCAAUACUCGUCAACAUGGUUGAUUGGACUGAUUUCGAACGCAGCACCAUUCUGGACAUCUUUUCAAAGAUGGACUACGAUACCGUUGGCCCCAAAUCCCUCGCCAGGUGUCUUGUCGUGUACCCAUGGACGCAGCGGUACUUUGGCAACUUCGGCAACUUGUACAAUGCCGCUGCCAUCAUGGGGAACCCAAUGGUCGCCGCUCACGGCAAAGUGGUGCUGCACGGACUGGACAGAGCCUUGAAGAACAUGGACGACAUCAGAGGCACAUAUGCAGAGCUCAGCGUGCUGCACUCCGAGAAACUGCACGUGGAUCCCGACAACUUCAGGCUGUUGGCUGACUGCCUGACCAUUGUUGUUGCCGCACAAAUGGGAGCUGCGUUCACCGCCGAUGUCCAGGCCGCAUUUCAGAAGUUCCUGGCUGUCGUCGUCUCCUCCCUCGGCAGACAGUACCACUAGAGACUACACCUCAGACGAAAGCAGACCACCAUCUAAUGCUUUCUGUGUCUUCGAAAACGUUUACACGACGUUUAACAAAUAAAAGUGUCGGCAAAUGA